UUAAACUUAAACAUGGGGGCGUGUUUUUGUCCGUCCUCAUUACGUUAGCGCCAUCCGCAGUAGCAGCAGCAGCAGCGAGCGAUCCUCAGAUAGUGUUGGAAAGAUGGCGGCCGGUUCUGGGGCUGCAAGCGGACACGGACCCCGCAGCUCCAACGUCGCUCUGGAGGCGUCUUUGGACCGGCGGUUUCAAGGAGUUUCGAACACUAUGGAGUCAAUACAGGGACUUUCAACCUGGUGCAUUGAAAACAAAAAGCACCACGGCGUCAUCGUUCGCCACUGGAUGAAGUGGCUCAAGAAAUCUGACAACAAUCACCGCUUGAAUCUCUUCUACCUUGCCAAUGAUGUGAUACAGAACUGCAAAAGGAAGAAUGCCAUUGUCUUUCGUUCAUCCUUCGCAGAAGUCCUUCCUAAUGCCGCACAGCUCAUCAAAGACGCGAAGGUCCGCAAGUCGGUGGAAAGGAUUUUUGUGAUAUGGGAGGAGAGGAGCGUGUAUCCUGAGGAGGUCAUUGCCCAGUUCAAAGCCAACUUGAACAGAAAGGAGAAGGAGCGAGAGAAGCAGAAGGAAAAAGAGAAGGAGAGAGAAAAGGAAAAGGAGAAGGAGAGAGAAAAGGAGAAGGAGAGAGAAAAGGAGAAGGAGAGAGAAAAGGAGAAAGAAAAGGAUACUCCACUGGCAAAUGCCCCAACAAACACCAAAGCUGCCCUCAAGUCCAAGAUUGUAGCAGAGUUCACACCCCAUUCCCUCAUUGAACAGUUGUCGAGGUAUAAGCGAGCAGUUGCAGAAGAGGAGUUCAGGGAGAAGCAGCUGGCAGCUCUCAGGGUGGAUGUAUGCAGCACGGAGGCUCUCAAGAGACUUAAAGACAAGGCGGGAGGGAACAAGUUUGCUAAGGACGUUGAGGAUGGCAGUCUGAAGCUGCAGGAGUUUGUUGGCUUCCUGGACAAAGAGCUGAAAACAGGGCCUCCUCUGCUGGAAGCUUUGGGAAAUGCAGACAUUUUCUAUGAAAUGCAGUACAAGGAGGUUAAGAUUGUAGCCAAUGCGUACAACGCCUUUGCCAACCGCGUGGCCAGUCUUAAAAGGAAAUUGGAUUCCCUCAAGUCGACUCUACCUGGACCUGAGGACUCCCCCAUCCCCUCACCCUCUGAAGAUGCCCCCUCUCCCACUGGCUCUGAAUCACCCUUCCUGGGACUGGGGGCUAGCAGAGCCCAGGUGGAUCCAGAGCUGGAUGGCAAGGCCAUGGAUGAGGGAGAAAUACCCAGCGACAACAGAGACACGGAGGACAUGGAUAUGUCUGAUGAAGAGGCUGACGUCGCCACAGCAGGGGCAGAUGACAAGAAAGACAAGGCGCCUGCUGCUGUUGCCAAGACUACAAAGUCAGACACAGCAUCAAAGCUUCCCACUAUACCUACAAAAGCUUCUAAGACCAUAAGUGCUGCUGCUGCCACGGCCACCCCAGCGACCCCCACCUCUGCUACCGCUCAGAGUGCUCCAACAACCCCUCUGGGAGUCAAUCUGGAGAAGGUGGACCUGGGGAAGAUCAGUUCCAUUCUCAGCUCACUCACAUCUGCCAUGAAGAAUACAGCACCUAGCCCUGCUCGGCCGUCUCCAGGGACACCCACCACUCCCUCUGGCCAAUCGGCAGCCUCCAAAGCGACCCCUUCGAGCCCUGCCCUGGCCAGCAUCCUGUCACGUGUUGACAUCACACCUGAAGGCAUACUCAAUGCUCUGUCUAAAACAAACACAGCAGGUUUAUCCUCUCUCCUGCAAAGUGUGACAAACACCUCUUCUGCUCUUCCCAGCCGAACCUCCCCAGAAUCAUCAACAGUUAAAACCCCAACCACCCCAAAAAUAAAAUCCACAGUGGGGAACAGCCUCAAACAAGACACACCUGGGAGAACCAGAGACUGGGAGAAAGAGAGACAGCAGUCCCCUCCCCCUCCUCCACCCCCUCCUUGUCUCCCAGCUGCCUCUGUCUCUCCCCCCAGCCUAGAAUCUAAAAUCAACAGUUUCUUGCAGGGUAAUCCAGGUUUUAGUCUCGCUCUAGGUGAUGUCAGCCCCGAUGGAGUGGAUGGGACCCCAGUGAGAGACGAGGCUGCUGGCACCCCCACCCAGGAUGAGAUUAUGGACACACCUAGUAGUGUGCCAGAAUCUCUAGGGUCAUGCGGAGGUCAUAACCUCUCACCCACAGCCUACCGCAGCGACCCCUGGGAUGCUGUGAUCACCCCAUCGGGAAGCAAUAGCAAUGGAGACUUUCUGGGCUCCUCCUCCUCCUCCUCCUCUUCACGGUAUGGAGCUGGGAAAAAGAGUAGCACAAAACACGAUGACGUGAUGAAUGCGAGGAAGCGGGUCUCCUCCUCCCCCAGUCACGAGAAGGGUAAGAAAGAUGGACAACACAGCCAGUUAAGGAUGAUGGGAAACAACAGAGCGAGUGGAGAAAGGAGACACUCUGCAGGCUCUCGUAAGGCAAGCACUGGCUCAGAUGAUGGAGGUCUGAGUGGGAAAAGAGAGGACAAGGGGUCUCCCAGUGUGGGUGGGAAGGAGGGCCAGUACCAUCGUAUUGAGACACUAGUGUCACCCUGCACCGAAGGGGCACCCAUCCAAACUCUAGGCUACUCUAACCGGCCCCUCGCCGGAGAGCGCAUCAAGACGGUAGAGAGCAUCCGCGUGAUUGGCCGCGGCUCUCGGCAAGGCGGAGGCCCUGGUGGUCGGCCAGGUGGAGCAAUGUGGUAUGAAGAAGAGGAAUACAUGGAAGCUCAGCCUCCCUCACCCCAUGCUGUCCCCCCUCCUCAUAACAUUGGCCAGGGAGGCACUGAGGACAUGACACCCUCUAUGCCUCCUCCUCCCCCACAUCUCCUCCUCUCACAUCUCCACCUUCCUCCGUCCCAUCCUCACUCACAUCCUCCUCCCCAAGCUCAGUUCCAAAUUCCCUACCACCCGGAGAACAUGCAGACCCCUCUUCCAUCACUCCUCCACCAGCAUCCUCCUCCUACAGCCCCUUACUUCAGCGCUCCUCCACCCAUCCCUCGACCCCCUCCUCCUCCCAUACAGCAGCGUCCUUCCCCUCCACCUACGCACUCCACUGUGCCCUCUGCAGUCAUGGUGGGGGGAGUUUUGGUCCCCGUUGGCAGUCCCCUUUCUCUUCCUCCCCCAGUCAGACCUGAAGGUUCAGAGCGAGGUGGCAUGGGCCCCAGAGGAAGCAAAGUAGGCCCUCCGCCCCUCAUGUCAUCGUUGCUAGGCGAGCCCCCUAAACUGCCCCGUCCUGGCACAGUUAAAGAGCCUUUUGUUCCCCGCCAUGCUGCCCCUCUCCACCGCCCAGGUACCCCUGGUGUUCCUCUGCCCUUACUGGGCAGAGUGAAGGAGCCUCUGAAUCUACCUCUUCCAUCCCCCUCUCCCUCUCCCACAUCCUCCACACCCUCUCCCUCCACGCCUAAUUCCCCUGCAGUCGACAAUGUCCCCGUUCGCCUCCAAACUCAGUCCACUGCCCCGCCUCUCCACAAGCCCCCCGCUAGUCCUCCAGCUCAGCCCCGCAACCAAACUUCUAACCCUGUUCCCCUCCUCAAUUUACCUAGUCCUCGACCCCCAAUCCUCUCGGUUCCCAUCCCACAGAGACCUCUGCUGCGAGGCCGAAACCCCUCUCAGCAGGUUAACCAAGAUCACCACAUAGGGGGGUUUCGUGGGGGCAAGCGGCCUGGCCCUCCAUUCACAGGUGGUCCCUUCCAUGCGCAGAAGAGACCCUUCCUACCCCCACGCUACUGAAGUGGUCAUCUAUGACAUGCUGAACGAGAAGUGAAAACGCCCUGCACUGACGUGCAGAGUGUGUGUUAGCCCUGCUGGUAUGAGCCCAGAUGUCUUUACUCUGUUAAUUAGGUGGAAUUAAAACUACCUUAGGUUGUGUGUAAAUAGCUGAUUAAAUCUUCAUGCUUCAGCUAGGUAGCCAGCCAGUCAUAUUACAUUGUACAGUGUGAGGUUAUCAGUUACAUAGUGCAGAGUGUUGUGUAACAACCCUCAGUCUAUCACUUUUUCCAUCUCUUCGUACACCAUAGAUAAAAGUUUUAUUAGGUCUGGUGCAAGAGUGACAAACCCUUAGGAAUCAAAGACAAGAUAGUUCAAGCAGAAAUGAAACUAUUCUUUAUUUAGAGUUUGCCUACCAGUGUGAUUGAGGGUUAGUUUAUUUCUGAGAGAGCGCAUGAGAGUGAAAGAGACAGAAAUGGGUGUCAUGGGAUACAGAGGAGAGAACCUAAAAGCAAUAGUUUCAACAGUUUGGGAAAUUAACUUAUUUGCUUUCUUACAGUUACGUGAGAAUCUCAAUACCGCUGAUAUCUUUCAGCUACAUACGAAUCUAUAGCCAGCAGCUGCUUAGCUUUGCUUAGCAUAAAGACUGGGAACUAGGGAACAGCUACAUGGAUCUUUUCUAAAUCUCACUAGUUAACACGUAUCUCAUUUGUAUGUGAUACUUGUGUAGAAAUGACAUGUUGGGGUUUUGCAGGAGAUAUUGUGCUAGCUGCCUGCCCGUUUCCAGUCUUUAUGCUAAGGUAAGCUAACAGUCUCCAGCUUUAUAUUUAACAGGCACAUAUGUGAUCUAAUUCACAGCAGGAAAGCCAAUAAUGACAUUUCCCAAAAAGUCAAAUUAGUCUAUUAAAAAUGUCUGAAGUGAUGAAAGUAUGUUCCAAAGUAAUCUCCUCUUGUAUGAGUGUGUGCUGUGUGUCCUAAAAUGGUAUUCCUCAUUUGAAAUGAUGAGAUUUGUGUUGCAGCUGAGGUUCACACAUGUUCCUAUUUCAGGAGUACCUGCUGUAAAUAAUAUUCCUCUUGCUCAACCUUUUCCACCCUUCCACUCUCUCACUGUAUAUCUCUUAAGCUUGUAAAUAUAAAAACUGAGAUGAUACAGCCUUUUCUCUUCAAGCUCUUGUUUCUGUUAAUGAAGACCAUGAUCGUCACUCAUGUGCCCUGUCUUUACUGUGAUUGAGGCCUGAGAUAAGCUUUAGCUCCAGAAGAAUUUCUCUGCAUUAUCUGUCGCAGCUUUAUGUCUUCCUUUUUGAAACCGCCAUGCAGAAGAGGAGGGUGAAGAAUUUUAUUUUAUUUUAUUUUUUUAAUUUUUUAUUUCCAACAAAAAUGUCUGCCUGUGCGCGCUUCAAGUUAGACCGAGUCAUGAAGAAAACUCCAUAGUGGAAGGCGGGUGGGUGGGUAUUUCAGCCUGAACCACACUCUUGCUAGGCUUCAACAUGUACUGACUUGAAUAAAAUCCAGAGUUUCAAUUCAACCGGGGGGGGGGGGUAUUUGGUGACUAUCACUUGAAUUGCGCUGUUGUAAUUAAUUUGCGCUGUUCAGCUGAUUUUUUUUUUUUUUUUUUCUUCCUACCUUUUUUUUCAGAAUUUUUUCCAUAUAUUUACACAGCUGGUGCCAUUUUCAUAAUGCAUUAACAUUUUUUGUGCUGUUUUUUUUGCUCUAUAGAAUUGCCAAUUUUCCAGUUGCAACGGCACUCACAGAUGGUAUCAGGGGGGUGAAAACAUUUGAGCUAAUUAGGAUUGUUUUGAAAAUGGUUUAUUUAAAUACUCCAGUUAUUGUGGCCCCUUCUGUUUUUUUUUCUUUGCUAAUUUCAUGCUUUUGCCCUCAAGCUCCUUGUGCUCACAUAUCCAGAAACACUUGUGCACCUCUAAACACUUCUAAGGGUAAAAAAAAAAGUCUUCACAAUAGUAAUCCUCCCUGUUGUGCAGGAGUCAUUGCUGUAAUGCUUCCCUCUGUUCUGCACUGAUGUAGUUUAUCCCACGCAGUGAGAGGUGCAAGUUGGGUGUUGCUGCUCAAAGCCUCCCAUGUUUUUCUGAUCAUGGAGUGUGUGUGCUGCAAACGUUACGUAUAAAGUUGGUGAAUAGAUACAUUGUAAAAAUGUAACAGAGCCUAUUCCUUACUGCAGUGUUAGCCCAUACUCAGAUUUCUGAUGUUCUGCUGAAUGUUAAACAAGUCUGUUACCACCCUCUGUAAACUGUGUCUAUAUCUGAAACAGCUAAAUAUCAACCCAAAUCAGUCUGGUGUGUUCACAUUGCACAGAUACAAAGCUAGAUUAAUUGUUAUAAAUAUCUUACUGCUUCCCAACCACAUACCAAGUUCAACUUUUUGUUUAAAAAAUUUGUCCCUGUAAAUAAUUUCUCUCCGUUUUCUGUUGACCUUCUCUGACAAAUUGAGUUUGAAAUUGACUGAACUUGUGACAAAGCUGAUGGUCUGUGUACAUUUGAUAAGUUUAACUGCUCUUAUUGCUGUUAUCAUCAAUGAUGCUAUAUCUCUGGUC